GGUCCUGCCGAAGUUACCGUCCGGUUCCUGGUAGCACCAAUCAACCCACUAGACAUGCUGGUGCUCUCAGAGGUCUACCCGGUCAAGCCCUCACACCAUCUCAACGGCGAGGCGAUCAUUGGAUACGACGGCGUGGGCGAGGUCAUCAAAUGCGGACCGGACGUCGACCAGCUGAGGCCGGGCGACAAGGUGAUUCCGGCAAAGUUCGGCGUGGGAACCUGGCGCACGGCGGCAGUGCUGCCGGCAUUGUCGCUUCAGAAACUCGGCGAGACACCCGCGGACCUCGCCUUUGCGGCUAUCCUGCGGGUGACUGUGGCGCCGGCAUACUGCUUGGUCGAAGACAUGGCGACGCUCCGGCCAGGGGCCUGGAUCAUGCAGAACGCGGGAACGUCAGCAGUGGCGCAGAUGGUGGUGCAGUUUGCGCGCAUGCGCGGCUUGUACGUCGUCAACAUCAUCCGGGACCGGCCAGGUCGCGAGGAGGCGGUGGUCAAGCAGGCGCUCCGAGAGCUGGGCGUCGACCUCGUCCUCACCGAAGCUGAGGUUGCCACGCCCGAUGGCCUGGCCCAGCUGCAGGCCCGCCCCAUCAUGUUGGCUCUAGACUCUGUCUUUGGCGCAUCAGGCCAGGCUCUCGUCAAGGCGCUGGCUCCAGGAGGCACGUACGUGCAGCUCGGAUUCCUCUCAGGCGCCCAGGCGCAGCUGUCGCUUGAUGCCUCGGACGUAUUCGGGCGCAACUUGACCAUAAAGGCCUUCCGCGGCACUGUGCAGCUCGCCCUACGCUCUCCGCAGCAGCAAGCCGACUUAUGCGACUGGUUCGUUGGCCUCUUCAAUCGCGGCCUGCUCCAGCUGCCCACCCUAGGCCUUUCCCGCGUCGAUUGGGAGGUCAGUGACGGCGCUGCUGCGGAGGCCAAGGUCGUUUCUGCUAUCAAGCGUGCUCAGGAUGCUGCGCUGGGCCAAAGGAAGCAGAUUCUUGUG